CAGAAAACCCCAAGGAUCAGGCUAGGGAGAGGCAGAUAGCUUUGUCUCCCUCCUUCCCACCUGCACCACCCUAGCCUCAAUCCUAUCUCAAUCCUAUCAAUGGGGAGGUCUCCUUGCUGCGACGAGAAUGGCCUCAAGAAGGGGCCUUGGACAUCUGAAGAGGACCAGAAGCUCACGGACUACAUCGAGAAGCAUGGCCAUGGGAGCUGGAGAGCACUGCCCAAGCUUGCAGGACUCAACAGGUGUGGCAAGAGCUGCAGGCUGAGAUGGACCAACUACCUGAGGCCUGAUAUCAAGAGAGGAAAGUUCACACCCGAGGAAGAGCAGACCAUCCUCCAGCUCCACUCGGUCCUCGGCAACAAGUGGUCAGCCAUCGCGAAGCACCUCCCCGGGCGGACCGACAACGAGAUCAAGAACUUCUGGAACACCCACCUGAAGAAGAAGCUCAUCCAGAUGGGCUUCGACCCGAUGACGCACCGACCGAGGACCGACUUCCUCGCCGCGCUGCCACAGCUCAUCGCACUAGCCAACCUCCGCCAGCUCGUGGAGCAGCGCCCAUGGGACGACCAAAGCGCCAGCCAGCUGCAGGCCGAUGCAGUCCAGGCAGCAAAGCUCGAGUACUUGCAGUGCCUGCUUCAGUCCGCAGCAGCCAUUGCGACUAGUCCCAGCUCCAGCAGCAUCAACACCAGCCCCACUGAGCUGGAGCAAAUCGGCCUACUGAGUCCUUCGCAGAUGUCUUCCUUGUCUUCGCUGUCGUCUCCAAGGAUCCUGGAGGGUGUCAAUGGCCAAGACUUGGUAACUUGGCAAGUGCCUGACAUCCAGAUACCUAGUAGCUCAUUCUUCGAACAUGAACAGCCUAUCAUCAAUGGUACCAACCAGAACUCAGAUUAUAGUGCAAAUGGCGGUGAGGGGGAGAAACUGCUGCUCCUGUCAGAGGACUCCCUUCCGCCACUUGCCGACUUCCCUAUUUCCAACCUCGGCGAUGCUUGCAGCACCUCAAGUUGUGAGGCUGUGGGCAACAGCACCCAGCUCCCUAUUUGGUCUGACUCAUUUUAUGACGAGUUCAUGAGCGAGUUUGCAUGAAUUAUGACUGCACAAGAUAACCCAAAGACACAAAGUGUUAUUGUUUUAAAUAGCGGGCUAUGGUAUAUAGCGGCAGCCCUUAAAAACAGUUAUAGCGGGGCUAUAGCGAGGCUAUAGCGGCAAAUUAUACAUGAAAGCAAAUAACGGCAACAUGCUCAAACAGCUAUACGGGGCUAUAGCCGGCUAUUUAAAACUACUUAUUUCUCAUAAACUCCUUGUCUCACUCACAAUAAAAAAAAAUCUGUGCAAAGUGAUACGUCGGGUUGCUGGAUCUUCAAUAAUUGGUGUGAUCAUUAGUCUAGCAAACAAAGACCGAUCAACACAUACGUGGACUAACUAAUUAGAGGGUACCCUUGACGGAAACCGCAGCGGACACUUUUGAUGGACUUGAAACGCGUCACUUGGUUCAUCACGUGUUGCGCGCAGCUUUAUUUUUUUCCUUCACGCAUUUUUGGGUAUUUUUUGGGGUGUUCGUUUUUUCUAUGUUUUCUUGAAGAUUAUCCUCGUGUGAAGCACAGUUGUUGACAAUAGAAAGACACAGCUUUGCAUGCUUCCGCAGAAAGCAAGUUGUACUUCUUGUAGAAGCACACGUGGCUUCCCGAAAAGUGCAAAGCACAAAUGUGCAUAUGUGUGGUUCUCGGAAGAGUGAAAAGCAUAGAUGCGCUUCUCGAAAAAGGAGAAAAUCACAAUUGUGCUUCCGAGUUCCCAAUUUAUUUUUUCAGUUUUUGGAUUUUGUGUCUUCAUUUUUUCGUGUCCACUUUUUGUUUUUGUUCUUUUUUUUCAUUUUGCCCUCUCUUUACGGUUCUUUACCCAAAAAGGCUUUCGCCCCGCUUUAUAUAUAAAGCACCAAUCCACAAGCAUCACGACGAUACAAACUCACGCCACCACCACACACGACACACACACUCAAGGCAAGAUACAAAGGUGCCGAGCACCGCCACACCACCCCAAUGACUACAAAGCCACUACACAUACGCGAGGAUGAUCCGCUUGGAGCCAACGGAGUCCUCCAAUCCUCCGAGGAGAGGUGAGACGGAAAACGA